AUGGUUUUCGCAAUCUUCACUUCUUUAGCCCAGUCUUCUGUGCACGCUCUCUCUUCUCCUACCAAGUUAUCAUCUUCACUGAGAACUCCAGUCGGAAUCCCGAAGUUUGUAGCUCCAGGAAGGCUAAUUCGGGUUUCUAACCGAAGAUUGCGCCCAGUUUGCUUCUUCAAUGCUGGAGAAGAGAAGUCGAAGACCAAACUUGAGCCUAAGGAGACUGGAUUGGAUUGGCCUGCUUUCAAGAGAUGGGACGUGCCAUGGGAGUGGCCAACUGUUUCAUUAACAUCACUUGCCUGUGGAAUUAGUUUUAUUUUGACAGGGUUCGUGGAGGUUGAGACACUGCCAUUUCUGGGAAUUAAAUUUGAACAGUUGAGUUUAGAUGAGAAGGCUGAGAUGUUAUUUUUGGAUCAAAGUCUAACAACAGCAGUCGUACUUGGAGUUAUGUAUAGUAUUACGAAGAGCUUUGGACCACUUCCUGAAGAUAUCUAUCGCUAUGAUUUCAAGGAACCCUUCAACCUGCGAAGAGGCUGGUUAUUGUGGGCUGGAAUAGGUCUUGGAAGUGCUGUGCUUGCCAUUGCAUUGACGGGAUUUGUUGUCUCUACUUUUAAUGGCGAGACUCAAGAACGUGAGGCUGAUGCUCUUGUUCGGCUUCUUCCACUGAUCGGAUCCUCAGGCAUCAGCACUGGUUUACUGCUAGUAAUCACCGGUGUCCUUGCUCCAAUUUUGGAGGAGAAUGUCUUUCGAGGAUUUUUCAUGGUUUCUCUUACGAAGUGGGUUCCAACACCAAUAGCUGUUGUGAUUAGUGCAGCAGUAUUUGCUCUAGCACAUCUAACUCCAGGAGAGUUUCCCCAACUGUUUGUCUUAGGAACUCUGCUUGGAUUUUCCUAUGCUCAAACACGGAACCUUCUUACUCCAAUUACCAUUCAUGCUUGCUGGAACUCUGGCGUGAUCUUGGUUCUUACCUUGCUUCAGCUCCAAGGAUAUGAUAUCAAAGAAAUAUUGCAAGCAACCCAAUAA